AUGAGCAGAGACCCUCAAUCUCUCAUUCUCUCUAGUCUCUUCUGCAGCAUCGCGAGAGUCGAGACCCUCCUCCAUCUCCCUGACGCGGUGCCGCUGCCGCCUGCCAUCGCGAGAGUCGAGACCCAACGCAAAGUCGCCGCCGCCCGCCAGCCAUCCCCUUCCUUCCGCCGCCGCGACCUCGGCCUCCUCUGGUCACUGCUAGCAGUCCUCCGCCGGCGCCAUUCCAGAACGGCGACCAGUGCCCCUCUGCGCAGGCCAUUGAAUUAUGUAAGUUUACUUUGUCUUUCUAAAAGGCGAGACCUCCGGCUCCUCAUCGUGGACGUGACGGACGAGGUGUCCCUACUGCUGCUACUGCUCCUCGUGGUGGGAGACCUCCGGCAACUCAAGGUCGUGGUGGUGCGACUGCUCCUGUUCAGACCCGGGGUCGUGGUGGGCGUACAGGAAGUCGACCUGUUCAACCUACCGAAGCUGAACCGUCUUCAUCAACUCCAUCGAUUCCCGCCUCUGUCGAUAGUGGAAGUACACCUGUCGGUACACCUGCCGAGACUCCUACCGAGACUCCUUAUGUUGACACGGGCGCUCCUGAUUCAGAGACAACUACAAGAGACAUUUUUUACUGCGAGAAAUGGUUGAAGACGGUGGGUAAAGCUUCUUGUUGGAAGGUGUUUAAGAAGUUGAUAGUUGACAGCUACCCGAUGGGAGAGUGCAUACACUGUCAUACUCUAAUCAAAGCUCCUCCUCACAAAAAUGGGACCACUGCAAUGAAUAACCACAUGCACUCAUGUUUGGCUAAGUUGGCAGCAAAUAAAAAUCAGACAGUAUUGCAGACAUCAGCAGGUGGUCAAGUAAGUGGUUUAUGGAAGUGUGAUCGGGGAAAAGCUAGAUAUGCAUUAGCAGUAUGAUCAUUAUGGAUGAAUUAUCAUUUCUCUUUGUGGAGGGGGAAGGAUUUAAGCAAUUCAUGUCUUCUGUUCAGCCACUGUUUAGGAUACCCGGGAGGAAAGCUAUAAGAGAUGACUGCUUUCAUAUCUUCUUGGAUAGAAAGAUGGAUUUAAUUGAUUUUUUUGAAUCAAGGAGCCAAGGAAGAGUUUCAAUCACUAAGGAUACAUGGACUUCUAAUACCAACAAGAAUUACAUGUGUGUUACUGCUCACUUUGUUGGAGGUGAUUGGAAGUUGCAGAAGAAGGUGAUACCCUUUGUUCCCAUCACAAGUCAUACUGGAGUUGAUAUUGCAGAGAAGCUUGCAGAAGUUCUUGAAGAGUGGAAGGUGAAGAAUCUGUUCUGCAUGACCAUGGACAAUGCAACUUCAAAUGAUGUUGUCAGUGAGUGCAUGAUAACGAAGCUAAAGGAGUGGGGGUUUGAUUUGAUGGAUGGGAAGUUUCUACAGUUUCGAUAUGUUGCACACAUCAUUAAUCUGGUGGUACAAGAUGGACUGAAAGUUUAUGACUUUAUGUUCUAGUAUUUGAGACAUUAAUUUGGUG